AUGCACCGCCAUGCCAUAACCGCUUGCAGUCGCCUGAACAAGUCGUCGCCAUUUCUUCCGUCAUUUAGACGUUACGCCUCUCAGCAUGUGAAGCCCUCGACCACCGAGGCAGUCGACUCCUCCGAUGCCUCGCCCAUCCCAUCACCUCCGGAUGACACUCCGCCAUUGAAGAAGAAGCGCUCUCGGAAAUUGAAACCAGAAAAUCUCCAUGAGGAUACAAACCCAUCUAUACCAGAUCUUGCUGUCAAUGCGUCAACAACCAAGAGACGUGGUCGUCCGCCAAAGGUCCUCGACACCACCAUAGCGGACACCACAAUUGCAGACGCUGCCGAAGCAGCACCAAAGAAACGUAUCCGUAAACCCAAGCCCUCAAAAGACCAACAUGCAAUCGCCCACGGCAGCGCCCACCACUCUUCCCUCUCUGAGUUCCUCACCUACGCCUCUACCACAACUCUCUCUCCAACCAGCACAGUCUACCGCGGCACCCACUACGAAUACACCGUUGCAAACGCCCUCUCUGGCCUCGGCUUCUCCUUGACACGCGUUGGCCGAGCUAGCGACCUCGGUAUCGAUCUAUUGGGUUCUUGGGCAUUACCUUCCCGUCCUGCACCGUUGAGUAUUUUGGUACAAUGUAAAGCGGAAGCCCCAAAGCCGAGUAUGAUCAGGGAAUUGGAAGGGGCGGUUGUAGGUGCGCCUGUAAGGUAUAGAGGUGAAGGCACAAUUGCUAUUUUGGCUGCGGCCAAAGAGGCGACGAAGGGGGUCAGAGAUGCUGUUGGGAGGAGUGGUCUACCUAUGGCCUAUCUCAAUAUCACGACUGAGGGUAGAGUGAGACAGUUUGUCUGGAACCAAGCCGCUGUAGAGUGUGGCUUGGAAGGCGUGGGUGUCACUUUGAGGUAUCUGGUUGGUGGCGAGUCUGAAGUAGCUUUGACCUGGAAAGGUCUACCUUGGUCGUCUUCGUCUUCAGCUUGA